GCUUGUUGAACACUACAGAAUAGAGACAAACACAUGGAACUCAAUACUACACGAAACCAAGAAGAAUACCCAAUUCAAACAAAAAAUACAAUAGAAGAAUAUGUAGAACUAUGUCAUGGAAAGAGGGUUAUUAGAAAGGUGUUGAUUGCGAAUAACGGCAUCGCAGCUGUCAAGGCUAUAAGAUCUAUGAGAAAAUGGCUUUAUGAAGUAUUUGGAAACGAACGUUUGAUAGAAUUUGUGUCGAUGGCAACACCUGAAGACAUUCGUGCCAACGCAGAGUACGUGAGACUAGCAGAUCAGUUGGUCCCAGUACCCGGCGGUUCUAAUAAUUUUAAUUAUGCCAAUGUAGAACUUAUUGUGGAUAUUGCAGAACGGUUUCAAGUUGAUGCAGUUUGGGCUGGUUGGGGCCAUGCUUCAGAGAAUCCACGAUUACCAGAACGUCUAUCUCAGGUUGGAGUAACUUUUUUAGGUCCCAAUGCGGCUGCUAUGCGUGCUUUGGGUGAUAAGAUAUCUUCAACUCUAUUAGCACAGUCGGUUGGAGUUCCUGUAGUGCCUUGGUCAGGUUUUGGAGUAACAGUCGAUUAUCGCUCUCAAGGUAUUCCUGAAGAGAUAUUUCGAGAAACUUGCAUUUUUAGUGAAUCUCAAGCAGUACAAGUAGCCAAUGAAAUUGGUUAUCCAGUCAUGUUGAAAGCUUCAGAAGGCGGUGGUGGAAAAGGUAUUCGAAUGGCACAUCAUGUCGAUGAAAUCAACAAUGCCUAUCGUCAAGUAAAAGGUGAAGUUCCUGGUAGUCCUAUUUUUAUGAUGAAAGUAGUUUCUAGUGCUAAGCAUUUAGAAGUUCAAGUUGUUGCAGAUGAAUAUGGAAAUGCAGUUGCAUUGUAUGGACGUGAUUGUUCCGUUCAAAGAAGACAUCAGAAAAUGGUUGAAGAGGGUCCCGUUAUAGCAGCGGUUGCUAGUCUUUGGUCAGAAAUGGAACAAUCAGCUGUUCGACUUGCUAAAGAGGUUGGUUAUUGUGGUGCUGGGACUGUAGAAUAUUUAUAUCAUGGAACUUGUGAAGAAGGAGAAUUUUAUUUUUUGGAACUCAAUCCACGACUUCAAGUAGAACAUCCAGUGACGGAAUGGAUAACGAAUCUCAAUCUUCCAGCAAUACAAUUGCAGAUUGCCAUGGGAAUUCCAUUGACUCAUAUUCCUAGUUUAAGAACAUUUCAUCAAUGGAAGCCCUUUGUUUAUAACAACAACGACAACAACAGUAAUCAUAAUAAUGCAGAGAACAUUUUUGCACCGGAAAGAAGAAAGAGUCCACAUGGUCAUGUUAUAGCUGUGAGAAUCACUGCGGAGAAUCCAGAUGAAGGCUUUCAACCUACUUCAGGAGCCAUUCAAGAAUUGGCAUUUCGGAAUACUCCUAAUGUUUGGGGUUACUUUUCGGUUGGUACUAGUGGAGGUGUUCAUGAAUAUUCGGAUUCUCAGUUUGGUCAUCUAUUUGCUUGGGGUGAAGAUAGAGAAAUGUCUAGGCGUAAUAUGGUAUUAGCAUUGAAGGAACUAAGUAUUCGUGGAGAAAUAAGAACAGCUACAGAAUAUAUCGUUCGGUUGUUAGAGUCUGAAGACUUUAAAGCUUGUCGUGUUACUACAGAAUGGUUGGAUGGUUUGAUAGCAUCCAAGGCAAUUACAGAAAAGCCUUCAACUGAACUUGCAGUAAUUGCUGGAGCAGUUUGUAAAGCUUGUGCCAUGUUGGAAGCACACUCAUCGGAAUAUAUUUCGUGUUUGGUUCGAGGACAAUUACCUCCAAAGGAUUUGAGUCUCAUCGAGUUUCCUAUUGAGUUGGUAUAUGAGAAUUAUCUCUAUUCUUUUUUGGUUUCCCGAAAGGGACCAGUUAGCUUCAAUGUGAGCCUGAAUGGUUCUCAAGUGGAUGUCGAAGUAAGAUACUUUGCAGAUGGAGGUCGAUUACUAUUGGUAGAUGGUCAUUCUCAUGUUUCUUAUUUGAGAGAGGAAGCACUUUGUACGAGACUUACUUUAGAUGGAAAGACAUGUGUGUUUCCUAAAGCAAAUGAUCCUACGCAAAUCAAGUCACAUGUGAAUGGAAAAUUGGUUCGCUACUUGGUGAAAGAAAAUGACAAAGUUUCGGUGAAAGCGCCUAUUGCAGAAUUGGAAGCAAUGAAGAUGUACAUUACAGUAUAUGCUACAGCAGGUGGUCGAGUUCAUUUACUCAAAUCAGAUGGUGCAUCUGUAGAAAUUGGAGAGAUUCUUGCAACAUUACAACUAGAUGAUGAGUCUGAAGUAAAAAGACCCAUUCCUUUUCAAGGUCAACUUCCAGCGAUGAGACCUCCGAGUGCACCAAGUAAUAAACCUUAUCAAAAAUUGAGAGUUUGCAAGAGUUCGAUACAAAUGAUAAUGGAUGGUUAUGAUGCAAACGAGAAUUGUAUGGAAGAGUUUCUUGAGUUGUUAUUCAAUCCUCAAGUAGCAUUUGGAGAGAUUCAUGAAGUAGUAUCAGAAUUGGUGUCUUAUCUUCCCAAACAUAUAUAUGAUAAUCUAUGCAACAUUCUGGAGUCUCUCUGGAACGACACUGUAAAGUACUCUUCAAUACCCAAAAUGGAAUCUAGAACUGAAAAUGCUCCUCAGUUACUAGCAGAAAAGUUGACAAAGAAACAAAACACAAACCCCUCAAUUCCUUCUGAAAUGAGUAUCGAUGACCGAGUUUCGGAUAAAGUGAAACAAAUGAUUCAGUUGUUGGACCAACAUCGAAGUAGUUUGAGAACCUCGGAAAGGGACGAAUUUCUUCAAAAGGUCAUUCCACUUACGGAAGUAUUGAGUCGUUUUGAAUAUGGAAUGACUUGGUUUGCGUUGAAAGAAAUUUCGGAACUGCUACAGAAAUAUAUUGAAACUGAGAAACCUUUUUCAAGGAAUAAGCGAGCUGAAGAUGUUUUAUUUGAGAUGAGAGAGUCGUAUAAAGAUGAUCUUUCGAAUGUUGUAGAUGCAGCAAUAUCUCAUAUGAAAUUACCUGUGAAGAACAAAAUAAUACUUGGGUUUUUAGACUUUUUGGUACCUUGGGAGUCUGCACUUUGUAAUUUAAAGGGUUUGGAACAGUGUCUUAUAGAAUUGAGUACCUUUUCGAAACCUCCAUUUGCAGAUGUUGCCUUGAGAGCACGUCUGUUACUUGCAAGAGCUCGAAGGCCUAGCUUAGAAGAACGCAAAUCCAAGUUGUUGGCCUUAUUAGAACAACUCGUAGACGUAAACGAUAGUCGAGACGAAGCAAUACAAGAUGUUCUUCAUCGUCAGGAUUCUCAUUUGGAUAUUUUACUUCCAUUUAUUAUUGCCUUGUUUCGAAAAUCGAAGACUUGUAAUGAUUAUUCUUUAUUGAAAACUGCUGUGGAAUUACAUAUACAUCGAGCGUAUAGAGCAUAUCAAGUCUCCAAUCUUACCAUUCUUGAACCGCAAGAGAAUGACUACUUAUCAGCAUUUUGGCAAUUUCGUUUACUUCCUCCAGGAAGCGCUUGGGUCUCUUCCUUUCAUCAAGGAGAUAAUAGUUCCUCCAGUCGAUCAGUUCGAGCUGCUGCCAUUUCUUCUUAUGAUUCAGCAGAUAAUCUUACGAGAUUGGAUAGCAAAGUCGAAGAAAUUCCUUUUCGGUUUGGCAUGUUUGCUAUAUUUCCUUCCUUUGGAGAUUUGGUUGAUCGUAUCGAUAUGGUCAUCGAUAAUUAUCAAAAGUUUAAUCAAGUAUCUAAGGAAGAAGAGCAACAAGUUCACAUAUUAUCCCUUUGUGUUCCUUGGCUAGAUACUUUGGUUUCAUCACCCAAAAAACGUGAUGUAUUAUCUCAAACAUCUUCAGAGGUGGAACAAUCUUCCAAUAACGACCAACAGCAUUUCGAUAAUAGCAAUGCUUCGAUUGAUCCAUUUGCUCUUUCUUUAAAGGAUUUAUUACAUUCUUCACCACAAAGAAAGGAAAGAAUGAUUAAAGCUGGUAUCAAGUUGGUGACAUUUAUUGUUUUCUUGUCCGAGAAUGAAGACACUUUUCCUCAAUACUAUACAUUUCGCUCUUCAUCAGACUAUUCUGAGGAUCUCAUUUAUAGACAUAUUGAUCCUCCAAUGGCAUUUCAGUUGGAACUUCAUCGUAUGAUGAAUUUCCAAAUUACGAGAUAUCCAUAUCCUAGUCAUUCUAUUCACGUAUUUUAUGCUCAGGAUAAGAGAUCAUCGAAAUUGGACUUUUCAGAAAAUAAGGAUAUGGAUACUCGCUUCUUUGUACGUUCUUUCAUUAGGAAUGCAGAUGCUCUAUUGUUACCUAAUGAAGUGGCCAUUUCUAUUCCUGAAGCGGAAAGAAGCUUUGCAGAGUCUUUGGAUGCCUUAGAAAUGGCUCGUUGUGAUAGACGUUUCAGAUAUACGGAAUUUAAUCACAUCUUUUUAUGUGUACUACCACCAGUUUCCAUCGAUUCCGAUGAAGUGGAAGCCAUUUGUCGUCGCAUGUUUCUUCGCUAUGCAGCUCGAUGCUUCAAACUUCGAGUAUUUGUAGUUGAAGUCCGUGUUCAAGUGUUUCGUAAUACUUUACAUGGUGGCAAUUCCAAUUUCCUUAAUAGCAAUGCUAGUCAUUCUGCAAAUGGUGCUAAAGCCUCGAGAGCUCGUUCCUAUUCAUUAAGUCACAAAUCUUCGGUUGCUUGGCCUUUACGUUUUAUUCUAUUCAAUCCUACGGGACAUUCUUUGAAAGUGGAAGGAUAUUUAGAGCAGUUGGACCCAUUAUCAGGCGUUACUCAUUUGAUGACUUUAGAUCCUUCCAAUCCUGGCCAUCUACAUGGAACUGCAGUUGACCAACCUUAUCAAGUUAUGGAUAAAUUACAACGCAAACGUGUUUUGGCACAAACUUUGGAAACUACGUAUAUUUAUGAUUUCCGUCAUUUAUUUACCAAAGCAUUGGAGGAAAGAUGGAGAAAAUAUAGUCAAGAACGACGAUUGGAAGGCUUCAAGAGACAAAAAGUUCCUUCCCGAGUUGCCGAAUUCACAGAGUUAAUAUUGGAAGAAGAUGAAACUCUAAAGGCUGUUCAUAGAGAACCGGGACAGAAUAGUAUUGGAAUGGUGGCCUGGAGAGCUAUUCUAAGAACUCCUGAAUAUCCCGGUGGAAGAGAUGUUAUAGUUAUUGGUAGUGAUAUAACACAUCUGAGUGGUUCACUUAGUAUUGAAGAAGAUAGAUUAUUUGCAGCUGCUAGUCAUUUAGCUAGUCAAGAAGGUAUUCCUAGAAUUUAUAUUGCAGCCAAUAGUGGAGCACGAAUCGGUCUGGCAGAAGAAGUACGUCGAUGUUUCAAGGUAGAUUGGGUAGAUGAAGGAGAUCCUUCCAAAGGUUUCCGUCAUUUUUAUGUUAGUGAAGAAGAUUUGAAGAACAUUGGUUCUAGUGUUCAAGUAAUUGCAGAAGAUAACGACCUUAUUGUGGAUUGGAAUGAUAGUAAAAGGUUUAUGAUCAAAGAUAUAAUAGGUUCAGAAGAUGGAUUAGGAGUAGAGAAUUUGGUUGGUUCAGGUUGGAUUGCUGGUGAAACGAGUGCAGCAUAUGAACAAACUUUUACGAUAACUUAUGUAACUGCUCGUAGUGUUGGAAUUGGUGCAUAUUUGGUGCGAUUAGGAGAGCGAGUUAUUCAGAAAGAGAAUGCUGCUCCUAUUAUACUUACUGGAUUUUCAGCUUUGAACAAAGUUUUGGGUCAUGAUGUUUAUGUAAGUAAUGAACAAUUGGGAGGUAUUCGAGUGAUGUUCAAAAACGGAGUUUCUCAACGAGUAGUGAAAGAUGACUUGGCAGGUGUGGAUAAUAUUUUGGAAUGGCUUAGUUUUGUGCCUCAAAAAAGAUAUGACAAGUUACCUAUUAUUGAACCCAUGGAUCCUGUUCAUAGAGAGAUAUCUUUCCAACCAUCCAAGUCACCUUAUGAUCCGAGAUAUCUGAUUGCAGGAAUGGAGUCUUUGCAUUCUGGUUCUCCUGACGAAGUGGAAUUUGAGUCUGUUAGUGGAAUGUCUUCAUGGAGUACCAAUACAAUAACUUCAAAGACUUGUUUUAUUGGUGGCUUUUUUGAUCGUGGAAGUUGGAUGGAAGCAAUGUCUGGUUGGGCCAAAACUGUUAUAUGUGGUAGAGCACGUUUAGGUGGAAUUCCUGUGGGUGUUAUUGUUCCAGAAACAAGAACGAUGGAGAAAGUAUAUCCAGCUGAUCCUGCUUCUCCAGAAACAACUGAGAAAGUGAUUAUACAAGCGGGUCAAGUUUGGUAUCCAGACUCUGCUUUUAAGACGGCUCAAGCCAUUAGAGAUAUGAAUAGAGAAGGACUUCCUUUAUUUAUUUUAGCCAAUUGGAGAGGUUUUAGUGGCGGUAUGCGUGACAUGUAUGAUGAAAUAUUGAAAUAUGGAAGCAUGAUAGUGGAUGCUUUGAGAACUUACUCACAACCCGUAUUUGUUUAUAUAUUACCAUAUGGAGAAUUGAGAGGUGGAGCUUGGGUUGUUCUGGAUACAAAGAUUAAUUCACAACAUAUUGAAAUGUAUGCAGAUGAAACUUCACGAGGUGGUGUCUUAGAACCUGAAGGAACUAUUGAUGUAAAAUAUCGCAAAAGGGAAUUGUUGAAAACGAUGCACAGAUUGGACCCACAAUUGCAAGCCUUAGAUCAGGAAUUGCAACUCCCAUUGAGUCACGAAGAAUCUUCUUCAACAACGAAUAAUGCUACUUCUCCACGAUUAUCUCAAAUAGGAGGAAAUGAUAAAAGACAACAAAUAUUAGCAGCCAUUCGUGUAAGGGAAUCAGAAUUGAUGCCUAUUUAUCGACGAAUUGCUUUGACAUUUGCUGAUUUACACGACACUCCUGGUAGGAUGUUGGCAAAGAAGGCCAUUCGAAAGAUUGUUCCUUGGAAAGAGGCUCGUUCAUUCUUCUUCUGGAGGUUACAAAGAAGAUUAGCUGAAGAUUCUGUUCGAAAAUGGAUGAUGCAAGCCAAUGCUUCCUUGAAUCAUGAGGAAUGUACUUUGUUAUUGAAAAAGUGGGCUGCACAGUAUAGAAAUGUUGUACAAGAAGAAGAAAUCAGGAAAGAAUCUGUAAUGAAUACUCAAGAGAAUGAGUUGGAAGCUAUUAAUCAGGUAUUUGAUGAGGAUGAUCAGUGGGUUGUUCAAUGGUUGGAUGAGGAUGAAGAAAUGUUGACAAAGAAAAUCAAAAAGUUACAAAUGGAAUGGAUGGUUUCACAUGUGAUACAAUAUGGAUCUGUACACUUUGAAGCUCUUUUGGAAGGCGUCGACUUGUUGUUAAGAAAUGAAAAUGACUUUUAUAGAAGACAAGGAAUGAUUGCAGCGUUGGAGUCUCGAUUGGAAGAGCUUAAAAAGACUGUCAACUUUAAUAAUAGAAAGGAACAAGAAGACCUGACAAGUGGUUCAAACAACAAUCUCGUUGAACACGGAGAUAAUUCAUCCAAUAGAAUAUCGAAUACGUUGACCGCUCCUACCAGUUUAGCUAAAGGCCUAUUGAGUCGUUUUGGAUAUCGUUGGGAUGCACCAUAAAGAAAUAAAGAAACAAAGGGAUUG